AUGUGGGAAUCAGGGACACAGAUGCUGCAGAUGCUGUGUUCUUCCAGGGGUUUCAUGCAUCCACAGCCCCCUCACCUUUUCUUUCUUCAAAGAAGGCUGGUGGAGAGGGGGAGGAGAAUUAUUGCUGAACAUCUGAAAAUUAAAUUUAAGAUUGGAGCAUGCAGAACUUUUAAAAUGGUGCCGCUGCUGCGGCCCCGGGGCCCCCGGCCGGCCGGCGCCCGCGGCGGGGCGGCUCCGGAUCAGCCGGGCCGCUCCCUGGAGCCGCCGCCGGGCCUGGCCGACUGGCGCGCUAGCGUCCGCCGCGACGCGCGCGACUUCCUGUGGCUGUGCGCGCACCUGGACUGCACGCCCGACAUCUGGGCGCUGUACGACUGGAGCGUGUGGCUCACGCCGUUCUUCAGCCAGGCCCACAGCCACAACCGCAGCCGCCGCUUUGACACGGCGUUCUACCUGUGCUGCCUGCGCGAGCCGCCGCUCGUCUGCCCCGACUCGGCGGAGGUGGUGGGAUCCCAGUGGUCCUCUCCUUCAGAGGCAACCAGAAGUUUAAUCUCAAAGGAGUUUUGGCUGCCUCCACCACAGUUCUACGAAAUCAGAAGACUUGAGAACUUUGCCUCCCUGUCUGACUUGCACAUCUUUUGUUUGGACCGUGCAUUGGAAGGAGUGGAAAGAUGGCUGCCCAUCAGCUUGUUAACUGCUGAUGGGGUGGUCCAGCUUUUACCUGGGGAUGAGCUAUACUUGAAAGAUUCAGACUUUUUAGAAAAAGUUUUGUCUACUGAAAAAAGUAUAGAAGUCAUGAGGGAAGGCAAGAAAUUUCGCCGAAUAGUGAUCCACAGCCGCCAUCUGUAUAGCCUUCACGUGACCAUUCAGCCGCAGUACAAGCACAUCUAUCCCAAGAACUACAUGGCGAGUAAGAGCCACUUGUAGGGCGCCGCUCAUUGGCACGCUGGCCUGCCCGAGGUGGUGCUAAUAACAAUGAGAGUUGAAUAAACUUACUUGAAAUGUAAGAAACCUGUAAAAGUUCUGAUGCAGGGAUUCUUAGCUCUCUUGCUUAUUUUUUUUUUCUGUAAACCUUACAAUAUGGCACAAGUAUAAAGUUUAUAAAGUAUUAAUGAUCUUGCUACCAAGAAUU